CUAAAUCCAACUAAGAAGAAUCUAUCUAUCAAGAAAUGGGGGAUUAUAGAGAGCAGAUUGAUGAGAUCAAUGGCCUUUUACUAUCAGAUGACAAAGCUCGGGCAUACUCGAAUCUACUACAAUUGCAGGAAAUAUCGACCGCCGAUUCUUCCGCCGUGGAGGCACUCGCCGGUUCAUCUAGCACCAUCAUAUCCUCCCUCGUCGCGGAUAUAUCCUAUAAUGAUGAAGAAAUAGCUGCGCAGGCUUUGAAGUGUUUGGGUUUUAUGAUUUACCACCCUGCUGUUGUGGCUUCCAUCGGAGGUCGCGAUGCUGAUGUACUAAUUGACUCCCUGGUUAAGGUCAUCACAACAACUAAAAUCAAGACUGUAUGCAAUUUAGGUGUGUGGUGUAUAUCAAUCCAACAAUUGAGUUCAUCCAUGUUGGAUCAACACUUGCAUUCUUUGCUAAGGGCAGUUACAUAUGCCCUUGACAAUCCAAUCGGUUCACUUUCAAUAACUUUUGAGGCAAUGCAGGCUGUGGUGAAGUUGGUAUCUUCGUUGACAGAACAAAUGAGAGAGACUUCAAGUUUGUGGAUUCCACCAAUUUAUAGAAGGCUUGUCAGUCUUGAUAAAAGAGACAGAGAUAUGUCAGAGAGAUGUUUGCUGAAGAUUGGGCCCUUAAUAUUUCCUCCACCAGUUUCUCUCUCUAAGGCACUUGCUGUGGAUAUGAAGAAGAAAUUGCUCGGCGCUAUUAAAGAGUUGUUGGGCCAAGGCAUGAAGAUUCCUUGUCUGCAGGCAUGGAGAUGGUUUAUUCGUUUGCUUGGGCCACAUGCUUUGAAAACUAAACAUUUGGUUAAUGAAAUGUUGGAAAUUCUGAAGCUUACUUUCUCAGAUUAUGACUCACAAAUUCAGAUUGCAUCCCUGGUCGCCUGGGAAGGCCUCAUUGAUGCUUUAAUUGAGCUUGUAGUUCUCAACAACACCGAGGCUGAAGCUGAGAGAAAUUUAAAAAAGAUAAAGCUUAUAAUGGCACCCCUCAUAGGAAUUAUGUCAAGUAAAUGUGAUGUAUCUGUUCAGGCUUCCUGCUUGAGCACAUGGUCUUAUCUACUACACAAACUUGAAGAUUCUGUUAACUGUCAGUCACUGAUCAUAACAGUCUGGGAGCCUAUUAUAGAAGUGGUCUUCCAAGCUGGACCAGAUAAUAAGAACAUCUGGUUGUGGAAUUUCUGUCUGGAUCACUUACACUCUCUACUACGUGGAGUAAAUCAGCAAGCAUCUGGCAAUCAACAUAACAAGGAACCACUACUUUUACCUGAUAAAAGUUCCGUAAACGGUCAUAUGGGUAUUGAGAAGUGCCAAUUAAGGCAUUAUCCAUUAAAAUGUUCACCUUGGAAGCUUUCUCAACUGGAGUUCUUAAUUAAAACAAUAACCAUCAUUGUAGAUCGAGGAUCAAAUGAGAGUGUUGAUCCUGAAUUUAGAGAACUGACAAGUAAUGCAGCUCUAAGGUUAUUCGGAUGUCUGCUAGAAGCAGUUCAGAGAGCUUUCAGAUGUGUAUCCAUUACAUAUGACAAGGUUAUGCAAUCUCUUAAUACUUUAUUCGGAUUCCUGGAGAAAAUGUGUGAUAACAUGACUUCAAAAGUUGAUAACAACUACUAUGAUCCUCACAUAUGCCUUCAAUUUGUAAAGAUGGUGACUGAGAGAUUAGAACCCUCCAUUCUUGAGUCUCCUCUCUACAAGGUGGGAUCAGAGCUUAAGUGCAUUAAAAACAUGGAACUUGCUACUGAGACUACACAUGGGUUGGUGGCAGAUAUCUGCUUUAGGGGUCUCGACGAUAAGGUUCUUCCAGUUGUAUAUCUGAGUAACAACUAUUUUUCUGUAGUUGCAAAGUCAUUAUCAAAUGCCCCUGAGUGUGAAUCUGUGUUUGAGCAUUUGCAAGGAUAUCUGAAGUUUUUGUUAACUUCAUACAACCCUCAUGAAAUUCUUCAUGCGCUUACUUGUUCACUUUAUAAGAACAUCAGGCUUAACACCUUACAGAGCUGGGUAGUUGUAGCUAACUGUUUUAAAGAAUUGAUAGAUGGCAAAAAGGAUCCGUCACUAUUGAGAAUGGAGACUGACAACAUUGGUUACUCUAUUUUAUUGCGCCUCUUGUCGUAUCCAUUUGCUUUGCUGUCAGUCUCUGAUAUAAAUCCUGAGGUCCAGACUGUCGUGGAUGCAUGGGAUUUGCUUUAUGUGUCUGUUGACAGAGCCUCACAAUGUCUCCAUCUCCCUGCCAAGAGUUUCUCUGUAGAUCUUUGUGCAGUACUAAAUGGACUCAUCGAUCAAAUUGCAUCAGUUGACACCAGAAAUGAGCUGAAAGAAAAUAAAUGCAGUGAUGAAUUUGUUCUACUCUACGGGAAUGUUAUGAUAUGUGUCAUGAAGCAAAUGGUUUGGGGUAUGAGGUCGGAAGCCAGACAUUAUAUGGAUUCUGAAUUCAGAAAAUUCGGCUUCACGAGCUGGAUGUUAUUAGCAGCUCGGUUUAUGAAGCUUUUCUGGAUGAAUAUACACAGAACUGGCCAAUCCCUUCUCUCUGUGGCUUCAAGAUUUCUGGAGGAAUUAGUCAAAUUUGUUGCAUGCCUACACCACAAGGAAGAUGUUCUGAUAUUGGUUGAGGCCGUAUCAAGCCCAUUGCUCGAAUGGCUAUCCGAAAUGCAUCUUCUCGACAGCAAUUCUAGUCAUAAUCUUCAGAUUUUAUGGUCUCAAAUGCUGAAAUGUUUGCAGCAAGGUCAGCCAUCAGUCCAGUUCGAUUCUUCAUUCCUCAAUUUCCAGGCGCCGCUCCUUGAAAGAACUCUCGAUCACCCUAAUUCAGUCAUCUCCGCAGCCACAACUAAUUUCUGGAAUUCAACUUAUGGCCUCCAAAGCAAGCUUGAAUUUCCUAAAGCCUUAGUUCCGACAUUGGACAAGCUGUCCAGAAACGGUAAAUUAAAAAUAUGCAGCAGAAAUCACUACGCUACCAGCAGCCUAGACAAAUACAAGGUGACGAAUACUCUAAAGAAAUGCUCAAAGAGAGUUGAAAUGUUGAGCAAUCCUGGUCACGGAUCAAAGGGCUGUGAAAAUAUUAAUCUGGGAGCAAAAAGAAAACGUGGUGAACUGACAGAACACCAGAAAGAGGUGAGACGAGCACAACAAGGACGCACAAGAGAUUCCAGCGGGCAUGGCCCUUGUAUCCAGACUUACACUGCUCUCGAUUUCUCUCAAGGAAACGAAGAAUCUCAAGAUAGCCAGAGAUGAUGAGAGAAGUUUGGUCAUGUGAAUUUUGAGUGAUUUUUUAGUUUCCAGAUUGCAGUUUACUUCAAGCUGUAUAUGAUAGCACCAGACAACUGCAAUCUGUUAAAUUAAAUGAGUUUUAGUAAACUAGUUAGAUAGGUGUUGGAAGUUGUAGUUGCAAGUUAUAAGUCUUUAUCCAUGCAAAAGGUUUCAUUAGUGGGAUGCUUCUUUCUACUUAUUUAACUUAACUAUACAUAUUGUAGUUCUGAAUUGGCUAAUUUGAUGAACUUUUUUCUUUUUUGGUUAUAUUUGGUGUUCAUUCAUUUUCAA